AUGGCACAAUACCACCACAACCCAAAUCAAGAGCAAGAACUCCCACCACAAGUCCUAGUCCUAAGUCCACCACCAGCUUUCACAGCGUUCCAACACAAUUUCUCUGCCAAGUUUCGAAUCCUCAAAGCCUACGAAUCUCCUCUCUCCACCGAUCUCUUCCUCGCAAAUUACGCACACUCCGUCAAAGCCGUCCUGUGCUCCGGUGGGACUCCGAUCACCGCCGAUCUUCUCCGCCGCCUCCCUUCUGUCCAACUAGUCGUCACUAACAGCACCAGCAUAAACAAUAUUGACCUGCCGGAAUGCCACCGCCAGAGAAUCUCCGUCGCCAAUGCCGGAAGUGUAUUCUCCAAAGACGUUGCCGACUUCGCGGUCGGGCUUUUGAUUGAUGUGAUGAGAAGAAUUAGCGCCGCCGAUCGGUUUGUUCGCCGCCACCUUUGGUCCACGCACGGCGACUUUCCUCUCGCUUCCAAGCGAAUCAAUGAACACAUCCGAGUAGAGGAUGAUGUAGCGGCGUCCACCGCGAAGACAACCCUGGUGGCAACAGACAAAAAGGCCUUACAAGAUAACCAGUUUGGCGGGUAA